GGCGGUCAGACGGAGUUGGGAGCGGGAGAGAGAGAGCUGCCUUUACAGAGUCGGAGGUGCAGCUUUCUGUGUGUCUCGGGGGUUUCGCCUUGACGCGGCUAUGUAUUCCGUCAACACCUCGACCUCCCAUUUCUUCGAGGGCGACGACCUCUUCUCGCCCAACGCCACCUGCCACCCGGACGUGCGCAGCUACCGCUACUUCGGGGCUUCGCUGGGCCUCGCGGUGACGCUGGUGGGCACCGCCGGCAACGUCAUGACCCUGCUGGCGUUCGCCGCGGAGCCCCGGCUCCGGCACCGGUUCAACCUGCUCAUCCUGAACCUGACGGUGGCCGACCUGCUCUACUGCGGCUUCCUGCAGCCGGUCACCUCCGCCACCUUCCUGCGCAACGGCUGGUCCUGGGGGCCCACCGCCUGCCGGGCCGUCGGGCUGCUCAUCUUCGUCGCCAACGCCGUCUCCAUCUUCAACCUGGUGCUGAUCGCCGGCAGCCGGUACGCCCUCAUCGCCAACCCCCACGCCUACGAGCGGGUGUUCCAGCGCCGGACGAUGCCCUUCUUCAUCGCCCUGCCCUGGGCCCUCGGCCUGGCUCUCUUCGGGCCCCUCUGGCACAUCUACGUCUUCCUGCCCGCCGUCUGCACCUGCAGCUUCCACCGCAGCAUGGGCAAGCCCUACACCACCAUCCUGAUGUUCUUCAUGUUCGUCCUGGGCCUGGGCUGCAUCGGCGUCUUCUACUACCUCAUCGACCGCAGGGUGAAGGCUGCCUCCCGGGCGCUGAAGAUGCACCAGCGCGGCGGGGGCAGGGCGGGCGGGAAGGACGGCUCCCGGGCCGCGCUGGAUCACUCCUCCUCGCAAGGGACGGCAGCAGACAGUAGGCCUCAGGCUCUGUCGGAUCUCUCCUCCUCGCCGGGCACGGGUGCGGGCAGCAGGCCUCAGGCUCUGCCGGGCGGGAACAGUAGGCCUCAGGCUCCUCCGGACGGGGACAGCAGGCCUCAGGCUCCGCCAGACGGGAGCAGCAGGCCUCAGGCUAAUCCAGAGCUCUCCUCCUCCUCCUCCAGCUGCCGGGGCCAGCGCGGGAAGGGCAGGCCUCGCGCCCCGGACAGCGGCUACGGCGACGAGGCCUCCCGGGGGACAGAGGGGACCAGCGUGGCGGACGAGGAGUCCACCGCCGGCCCACGCCAGGGCGAGGCGCUCGCGGCGCAGGGGGGCGGGGGAGGGGGCUGCCGAGGAGGGGUCAGGGACUUCCGCAAGGUGACCCGCAUGUGCUUCGCCAUGUUCCUGGUCUACGUCACCUGCUACAUGCCCUUCUGCGUCCUCCACGUGCUGGACGCCAACAAGCGCUUCCCGGUGCUGCUCCACAUGGUGGCUGGGAACUUCACCUGGCUGAACAGCUGCGUCAACCCCGUGCUCUACGCCGUCAUGAACCGGCAGUUCCGGGACGCCUACCGCGGGGUGCUGCUCAAGGCCUACCGCCUCUGCUUCUGCCGGCGCUAGGCCCGGAGCCGAGGGG